AUGGAACAAAGUGUUUUCAAGGCCUAUGCAAGUCGUGAUGCGCUAUCGAAGAUGUUAUAUGCAUCUGCAUUUACUUGGAUUGUAAAACGUGUGAAUGAAGCGUUGAUACGUCAGACGAGCGAUCCUCGUGCUAAAGGGAGUAGUGCACAAAAAUUUAUUGGUGUACUUGAUAUAUACGGGUUAGAACAUCUGCAUUUGAAUUUCUUAUCGCGUUUCAGAUUCGAAACAUUUGAAGUGAACAGUUUCGAGCAAUUUUGUAUCAAUUACGCAAACGAAAAACUUCAACAGCAAUUUUGUCAGGUUCAUACACCGAAACUUUCAAUUGUUAUGAAUUUGAUAUUCUUUUGCAGUUAUAAGGAGAUGAGUGCAGUGAAUGAAAGCUGUAGUACAAUGGUCAUACAAACAGUUCAUGUUUUCAAAUUGGAACAGUCUGAAUACGAACGGGAACAGAUUUCGUGGGUACGUAUCGAUUUUUAUGAUAACCAGCCGUGCAUCGACCUCAUCGAAGGAAAACUCGGUAUCAUUGACUACUUGGACGAACAAUGCAAAAUGGGACGUGGCACAGACCUAGACUGGUUGCAAACCCUGUCGAACGGCGCUAAGAUGAAAAAGAGCGAUCAUUUUCAAAUGCCAAGGAUAAAGAAUCCAUCAUUUAUUAUUCGCCAUUUCGCUGCUGAUGUCAUCUACUUGGUGGAUGGAUUUCUGGAUAAGAACAAAGACACUGUCAGUGAGCAAUUGGUGAACGUAAUGAAAAAGAGCAAGAUGAAAUUCCUGUGUGAAAUACUGCGUGAUGAAGAGCCUGACGCUAAGCCUGUUCGUUCGGCUCUCCGUAACCUGAUUGGUGGCUCAAAGAAGGCGACGAAAAAAUGUGUUUCAUUCCAGGUUAUAUUUCUUAUUGGCGAUGUUUGA